UGAAAACAGUGGGACAGCGUACGAGAGACAGACACCCUGCAACGGGACUCUGUGUGUUUUUCACGGAAUUGUUUUCUGAGUUUUCCUACCAAAAAUCACGCUUCGCGACGGCGAUUUUUUGGCCGAAAGGGCCGCAUCUAUCAACCCCACUAUUCCGGCCGGCCGCUCACCUACUCGCACCUAAAGACGAAUUAUGUAGUUUUUCCGCUUGGUGUACAGUCAAUUUGUUCCUGUCUCAUUUAUAAGAGGAAAGGGAAAUUGACAAACUAUCUUGAACGCUACCAUGGUAGUAGCAAUUACUCAAUGGUCGGUAAUCGGCUUGCAAUUUCAUGUAACGAAUGAAAUUGCAGGAGCCCAAUGUGGGCGGAAGUGAGAUGGCAUCCAGGGAAAAGAAACCCUUAGCGCCUUCCAAAGCAAAACAGAAGGCCAAUAAUGAUUCUGGCUUGCCGUCGAACGAAAUCAAAAGUAGAAAGGGCAAGUCUUUGUCAAAUUUGAAGCAACAACUCGCACGUGAUAUUUUUGAGGCAGUGGCGACUGGUAGUCAGUUUUCUCCAAAAUUAGAGGCAAGCCUGCCACGAAAGAAAGUCCUUAGGAACCUUAAGCGCAAACAAAAAUUGAGAGUGGCAAAGGCAAAUCUCAUUAAGUCUAAGGUUACAAGGAAAGUGACGAAUAGGAAUUUGUGCAGAAUAACCGACAUCAAAAAGGGCGUCAGAACGAAAAGAGUUAAAUUGCCAGAGGGGAACGUGGUUAAGGCAUCUGACGGUAACUCAAGAAUAUUAGAACAACGCGCGAACGAUACGGAAAGUGAAAGUACAAGAGCAGAAACUAUUAACAGAAGUGCCAAGAACAACCUCAGGACCAAAAAGACCAAGUUUGUAACAAAGAGUAGCGGCGAAGUAGAAAACGAGGACGCACAGGACAAGGAUACAGACUCUAUUGCUGGGUCCAGUACCAAAACCAGUCCAAAAUUAAAUAGGAAAGGGAAAAGUUUUGAUAGUCCAGACUCUUUGUCCAAAAGCAUUAAAUCGACAAAGUUAUCAGGAUUUAAAAGGAACAGUAUCAGGGAGAAGGACAGCUGCACCAAAAAUACAGAAGGUGAUAUCAAGUGUACGAAAGGGAAAAAGAGUAACGGCAAAGAUAUAGAUUACUCUACCACAAAGGCAUCCGGUGUUGAUACAAAAUUUUCAAAAUCCCUUCUGGAUGCUAAGAGUUCUAUAGAUCUUACCAUAGACGAAGUUAUUGCUUCGAUGUUGAGCGAUUCAGAGGUAGAUAAUCAACAAGGAAUAACAGAAAAAAUUGAGGGAAAAAUUACAAGAAGUAGGAAGAUGCUGGUAGAAGAAACUAUACUUCCAGACGAAAUUAAAAAGGAACCGGACAGCGACGAUACUAAAAUUAUAUCUGACGGUGAAAAUUUGGAAACAGAAUCCUUCCAAAGUGCAAUUCAGUUGAGGAAAAGGUCAAAUACAUCGAUUGGUCAAAGAAGUUUAAGGAAUGGAAAGUUACGACAAUCGGAUUCUGCUAUUUCUGCGGACUUGGAUCCCAAGAAACGUCGAAGAUUAAACUCGGAUGACCCUGUCGGUUCAGAAGUUUCAGGAGAUAACAUUGCAGAUAGUAGUAUAGAUACAGAGUCUUGCUUUUCUGAAUCUAGUGGUAACGAUCCUCAAACAGUUAUGGUAACAGCCAAAGAUGAAUUUUGCUUGAAACAGGAUCCGUUGAAAAAUUGCGAGGAAAAUUCCCAGAAUGGUUCAGAAACAGAAAACAAUAAUAACAGUGAUCGAGUAGAUAGGGCUAGUGAAGUAGGACCCACUCUGCGCUCAAAAACUAAAGCCAAAAGUACAGAGAUCGAAAUAAAAUGUGACAAUAUCAAAGUUGAAUAUACAAGAGUAGCACCUAAGAAUACAGAAGAAGAUAUAAAGAAAGUAAGCAAUUUAGAUCAAGUUAGGAAGGAUAAUAUUUUAGCAAAAUUUACAGACAAGUCCAAGAGUCGAAGAAGUAGUUUAAACAUAGAUAUGAAAAAAACAGUAGGUUCAUUUUAUAGUACGGAUAAAUCGGAUAGUAAUCCAAAGUCUCAAAUAGAUCAAAUGAUAGAGAAUAUCAAACUUACUAUCGCAAAGUCCAUCGAAAGUAAAAUGUUCGGGGCAGAGAAGGGACUUGGAUUAAACAAAAAUUUUGAAGUACCAAAAAUCGAGGAAAUAAUUGCACCGUUGAGUGCGGAGUCACAAAAAUUGGGUUUAGAGGAAACUGUGGAUGAAGACAAGUCUACUAUUUCCAAAACUGAGAUUAAAUCGGAUAGUUCAGAAAAUACAGUACCAAAAGUGGCCGACACUGCCAAAGAAAUUGAAAAACUAGUCAUGGGUGAUAUCGAACCAGCAGAAACUCAUUCACAAAACAUUCAAGAAAGCGAACCUUCGGACGUUGACGGAAGUAAUAGCGUGCAUAAUACUUCGGAACCUGUGCUCGCUGCAGAGAAUACAGAGAGCAGUUGUUGCAAUUCCAUAGAACAACAGGAACAGUCAAGCCAAAAUUCUACCCCUACGGAGGAGCCUGAAAAGUGUUUGGAUCAAACUACGGAUGAUCAGAAAACAGUGGACGAUAGUAAAAAAGCAGUUGCUCUCAGAAAAUCUCCAAGAAUAAUCGAUAAAAAUUCUCCAGAAAACGUGAACAGCGAAAUUGUGAAAAAGGUAAGCAGAGCAUCGAAUAAAAUAAUUCAGAAGUCUGAUAAUUGCGAAGAAUCUCCACAAGAAGAUUUAAAUAAAUCUUCGUCCCCGCAAGUAGAUGUAACAAAAUUUCCAUCUUUGCAGGAAGAUUUAAAUGAAUCCGCGUUCGAAGAUGCAACCAAAUUUCCAUCUUCGCAAGAAGAUGUAAACAAAUCUACUCUCGCAGAAGCAGCGUCAAACGAUGGCGAAACCGUGUCUAAACAGAUGAAAGAGAGGCUGGCGGAAGAGAAAAAGGGAAACGAGACAACCGAAAGGGAAACCAUGGUUCCUUCUAACGUUUCCGUGAACUUCGAAGAGGCAGAGACGUUGGAAAGUAUUUCUAAGGAAGUGGAGAGAUUAGUUGCGGAAAGUCAAUUGAACAGUCAGAUACAAACAGUUGCGGAGGGUGUAAACAAACAAGAAUCGAGUACUAAAAUCGUAACUGAGUUCUCUUCGUCCCCAAGCAUAAAGGAAGAAGUGAUCGUUGAUGAAGUCGAACCGAACGAUAAUGAUACAAGAAACAUAUACGAGGCAAUGGAGAAUGACAAAGAAAUUGAUACCGGCGCUCUGGAAGCUGCACAAGACGCGAAAGAAGAUGGUAGCACUUGUUGCGUGUCGGAUAACCUCGACGCGGACGCGGAUUCGAAACAAAACAAAAAUUCUGAUUCCAGCGACAAUUCCAUCGAAAACAGCAAGAAAGGAGACAAUAUUUGCGACGACGUUGGCGGCUGCAACGACGAGAUCGGAGUUCCGAGUUCAGAGUCUAAUGAGAAGAAGGCAGUUACGAGCAAACAAACGGAGCACGGCGAGUCUGCAGCGACGGAGGAAGAGGGCGAAAAGAUGGCGGCCAACGGGGCGACGGAGGAGCAAAAGUCUGCCGCGGAGGACAAGAGGAGGGUGCUGAGGGCUCGUGACAAGGCGAGGAAAACCGAGAAACGGUACCCGUCGUUGGCGAAUGUGAAAAUCGAGGAGGAGAACGCCGACAAGGUGCAGAGUCAGACGCAGAACGACACCGAGGAAGCGCAAGAGUUGGUGGAGGUGAAGGUCGAGGUUAUAACGGAGGAGGCGGACGAGCUGGACGACUCGGAGCCACAGAUUCGGCCGAGACGCGGCAGGGAGGCGAAGAAACGAAAAGAGGAUCAGCUGGCGGCGUUGAGGAGUAAACGGUCGAAGCGGGAGCUACGCAGAUCCGAUCAACAGAACAAGGAGGAGACGUUGCUGGACGACGAGGUGGCCACGAUAAACGAGAACAACCGGUCGUUUCUGAACAAGUACGGGAACGUGGCGGGAUGCGUGGCGAAUUUUCGCGGUUUCUCGGAGGGCGGCAGAGGCAGCCUGGAGAAAAGGGACCACAGCGCGAACAACGCGCGGAGCAAGUCGGAGAACGACCUGCUGACCAUCGUGAAGGAUCCCGGGAAAGGUGACAUCUCCAUGGGCCACGUGGCGAAGGUAACGGAGAACGUGAACAUCCUGACCGGGGAUUGCAAGGCCGCGAAAACACCGGAGACGUCGCAGAAGGACUCCGACGAGACGUCCAUGUCCGGCGAGUCGUCCAGCAGCGUGAACGUCACGCCGAAGAUCAUGGAGACGCCGGAGGACAAGGCGAAGAAAGAGUCGAUCCUGAGACUGCUUGGACUGGAGUCGCUGGAGAAGGCGGCCGAGAGGCUGAGCCAUCAGAAGGCUAGAAAGGAACAGUACACGGGCACGCUGAAGACGGUGAUACGGGUCCAGAAGGAGAAGGACAAGGACAAGAGGCGGUCGAGGUCGCCGUUGAAGAUGGUGCUGAAGCAAGGACGCGGCGAUGGGGAGGGCGAUUCACCCGAGUUCUACACCAUUCAAAAGGAGUUUGGAACCAGUGGUUUGGGAGAUAGCAGCUCUGGUGCGAACCGAAAGUUCUCUACUAACCACAGACACUCUUGCGAUGAGGAUGUCGAGGACGUCACGCCGAAAGAUCGCCAGUCUCUUGUUAUUCCAGAGAAGUCAUCCUCGUUCUCCAUUCAUCCAGGACGUUUGUGCGCGGACGUCUGUUGUUAUUGCUUCGGGAAAUUCGGCUCCUUGGACACGCCGAUGCAUCUGGCGCAGAUGAAGUCCGACGAAAGACGCAAGAAGAUCUUGAACAUCGAAAGACACCUCACGAAGGACUCUUGUUUGUGCGAUGCGUGCUACCGCCACGUGGACAGAAAGGCGAACACAAGUCCAACGAACAUGCAGACAAAGCCUCCGAAACAACACCGGCAACUGAUGGUGUCUAAAUGCUCGGCACGCGAUUGCAGAGACCCUGCGCGACAUCAUGUCAAACGUCGUUGGUUGCUCAAGAUAAAAGCUGGUCUGCAGCAGGUGAAUGUGGACAUCGAUUGGGAGUCGAGUCAACACACGUCCAUGUCAUUCUGCGUCAGUCAUUAUUCGAAAAUAGAACGAUUUUUGACCUGCGCGCUCUGCAAACGUCGCCUGGCGAGGAACUAUACUCAUCAGCUGGCGAACGCGGAAACUGACGAGCUGAACCAGUUACUGGGGCAACAGGGGGUUCCUGUAGCGCUGGCUGCCGGUACCUUUGUCUGCAAGUUGUGUCGUUACUUCACGCAGUUGCAAUUGAAAUACAAAGAUGUCGAGAACAUGAACACGAGUCAUCGAUCCUUCUUCAAGAAUUACCGGAAAAGAAUUCUACACUAUCACGAUAUCGAGGUUCUGGACAACGAGGAUGGCGAUACGUCGCAGAAUCAGUCCAAGGAUAAGGACAAACGCAAGAAAAGCAACAAGUGUACCGCCCAGCCGAAAGGUGGGACCACGUCCAAGUCUCCCGAUGGCACGACGAACUCUGCUUCGGAGAAGUCGACGCCCGAACCGGCCAAGACCGAGGGUGCCAACUGCGAGACGGAGAACGAGCCACGUUCGGUGAAAUCGAACUCGAACUCGACGGACGAACCCAUCCCUACGGACGUGCAGUACCUCGGUAUCGAGAGCACCGUGGAAAAGCUGAAGAAACGAAAGCUGCUCGAGAUGCAUCCAUACGCUGGCUCGGAUACGACGAUAACCUGCGAGGGACCUAGCGAGGUGGUCGAGAUACUCGCGAUGGACAAGGAGGUGACCCUGACCAGACUGCCAAAGAGACCAAGGACCAAUAACGACAUAACGCCCGUGGUGCAACGACUCGGCGCCAAUCCCUCGAUAAGCGUGCGCACCCUGUUCCCCGGCGAGGAAGAGAUGAACCUUCACGCCAGCAUCGAAUUCACAAACGUGCGCGAGAUCACGCCGCAGGGUUGGGAGAAAUGCGCGACGAUGAUACAGUACGACAGGGACACGAAGCACCUUUGGCAGGAGUUGCAAAGACCAUACGGGAACCAGAGCUCGUUUCUCAGACACCUAAUACUUUUAGAAAAAUAUUACAGGUCCGGUGACCUGAUACUGGCGCCGAACGCCUCGCGAAACGCCAUUAACUACUCGACGUCCGUGCAGAACAGAUUGAUAUCGUACGAGGGCCCCGAGAAAAUGGACGAGCCGAUCAUGGAGCCGAUCUGCACCGAGUUCAACUCCCGUCGUAUGAGCGGCGGCUACCUGCUCGAAAGGGACAGACUGUCCCUGCCUGGCACGAGCAUGACGAAACCCGCGGCUACACCUGGCGCGCAACAGCCAGGCAAGGCCAGCCCGUCGCGUCUCCUGAAGCUCAAUCCCGGCGUGUCGAUCAUCAAGAAACCACCGCCGAGCCUGCAACGAUUAAACCUGCCGUCCACCAGCACCGCGACCGCGAACGGCAACGUAAAACGAAAGGACGUGCCGCGUGUUCCCGUUACCUCCGGAGGCAAGGUGUUCCAGCUUAGCGAGCCGGACUUCAAACGGCUGCAAACGCUGAAGAAACAGAAGCAGCUGCUGUCGGAGAAGCAGUCGAGCAUGAGUCCCGGCGGCGGUGGCUCGGGUGGCACCAGCUCCUCGCCGCCCAAUCCCAAGUCGACCACGCAGUACCAGAAGGCGCAGCAGCUGGCUGCUCAUACGCAGUUCCAGAAGCACCUGAGGAUGCAGCAGGAAAUGCUGAACCGACAGAGUAGAGGGGACUUCGAGCCGUUGAUCUGCGAUGUCCGUAUGUUGGCGAACGAGAACACACCGACGCAGAAUCUGUUGCACAACCUGAAUCUGCCCAAGUCGAUACAAGUGACCACGAAGACGUCGGGUCAGAUACCGAUACUGCCGAAAAUCCCGAAAUCGUUGACGGUGAUACCGCAGACCGUCACCAGACCCACCGACAAAUGAAACGGACCGAGAACGAAAACGAAGGGACAGUAAGUAGUUAGACGUUACGAUUCUUUUAGACGAGAGAAGAGUACACGGAAUGUGGGAGGAGUGUGUUCAUGGGACGAUCGGCUCUCACGCGAGGCGAGGCACGAAUUAUUCCGAUGCUCGUCUUCCAAACGCCGACUCGAGUGGACCGCUGAUCAGAAAAACGUGACAAUAUCUGCCUUAUCGAUGCGCGCGUUGUUCGCGGGACAGCGUUCGAAACGGUACGACGAGGAGCGCGUGAACGCGCGUCUCCGGUCGCAUAUCGAUCGUGAUCAAACUGUGCGCACGCGCACACUAUAUAGAUAGAAAUAUAUAAGUAACUAAACUCAAACGGCUAGAGAUACUUGGAUACUAACGAUUAUACACUAACCAACCAAAGCAUCAACGCGUGAGAAAGUAAAUGAGACGUGAAACACGGCGAAGAAGCAAAAGAAAACCUAUUUCCGACGGAAAAGUGCCUAAAAAAAUGAGAUAUCGCGAGCGAAGUCGUU